AUGUCCGUGUCAUUGGAGAUACAUCGGCUCGUCUACAAUGCGUCUAUGAAGCUUUAUCAUCAUCAUCAAACAAGCUUUCAGAUUUAUGUGCGAGGGCAUCAAGUUGCUCUAGCGCUCAUGUCGUGUCAAUCGUUAGAUGAAGCGAACGAAAAUGAGAGAGUUGACACUUUGGCGAAUGAGAAGGGUAUCUUGUGCUUCGAGAUGGAAGCCGCUGGUCUUAUGAAUGGCUUCCUGUGUCUAGUAGUACGCGGCGUCUGCGACUACUCUGACUCGCACAAGAAUAAAGAGUGGCAGGGCUAUGCAGCCAUGACAGCAGCUGCCUACGCCAAAGAUCUUCUUACAAAGAUGGUGCCGAGCAGAAUCGAGCAGGAGGAAAGGAUCAAAGAGGCGCUAAGAUCAUUAUCAGAAGAAUUUGAUGCCCUGCAUACCACGACCCAACAAGUGCCCCAGGAUGUAGGCGUUCUUCGGAUGCAAAAAAACAUAAACCGCAUCAUGAAGUGGCUAUCAGCUCCAGAUCCAUCGAUCAAUCACAACAAAGCAUUAGACCAGCAUCACGAUAGAACGGGUAUUUGGUUCAUUCACGGAGGUGCCUUGAAAGAAUGGAAGAAACAGACCUGUUCAUUUCUUUGGUUGCACGGUAUCCCAGGAUGUGAUCUACCCAUCACAGCCAGGCAGCCGGCAGUCUCUCGAGCACCUAUGGGCUCUACACGGCGAAGGAAGUCGACACCAUCUACGGAAUCUCUGCAAAGUGUGCUCCAAGAUAUGCUAAGUGGUGUCGGCUUUGUGAGUAUCGUCUUGGAUGCCUUGGACGAGUCAGAAUCAGAGUCGAGAGGCAGACUGCUUGCUUGGCUAAAGUCACUUGUUGAUAGUACGGACAUCGCUUGUUGGCUUCUGGUCACUGCCAGAAGGGAAGAAGACAUCGAGUCAGCCCUUCCAUGUUGGACACGCGACGAGAACAGGAUAUUGAUUCAGCAAGAUGAAGUGAACAAGGACAUUAGCGCAUAUGUCAGAGACAAAGUGCGCAAUGAUGGUGACUUCAAAAGAUGGCAUUCUCGACCAGAUCUGCAAAAUGAGUUUGAGACCAAGCUGACGGAGAAGGCUGGUGGGAUGUUAGUACUACUCAGAUGA